AUGGGGAAUGUUUUUGCAAAUCUGUUCAAGAACUUGUUUGGCAAAAAAGAGAUGAGAAUACUCAUGGUAGGAUUGGAUGCAGCUGGUAAAACUACAAUUUUAUAUAAAUUGAAAUUAGGUGAAAUUGUUACAACUAUACCAACCAUUGGUAAGAUUUGUUUGCUGUAUAUUAUUAUGAUCUGUGGUAAAACUAUUCAUAUUUAUAGGUUUUAAUGUGGAGACUGUUGAGUACAAAAAUAUAAGUUUUACGGUAUGGGAUGUUGGUGGACAAGAUAAAAUUCGACCCCUAUGGAGGCAUUAUUUUCAAAACACACAGGCAUGUACUUUUAUUUUUUAUGCAUCUAUAUUGUUAAAAAAUUUAUCUUUUAUUUUAAUUAAAUUGUGUCUAUAAAAAAAGAUAAUACAGUGAACCUUGUUUAAAUGAAAACUUAAAAUAUUAAUUUACACUGUGAUAGGUUGAUAGGUGUAUGUUUAGUUGUAUAAAACAAAUUAUAGUUGUCAAUUGAAUGAUACAAAUUUAAGAAAUUUAAAAAAAAGAUACACUAACAAUUUAAUGGAUUGCGAUAACAUAUUAUACAUAGUAUUAUGUACUAGAUUAGAAAAAAAAAAAGGUAAAAUUAUUUAUUAAAAUAGCUUUUUUUUGAACAUUUUUUACUGAAAUCAAAUUAUUUUAAGAGCAUUCAAAUUUUAAAAUCUUUAUAUAACUAUUCCAGUUUGAAUGAAAUAAUAGACAAAAACAAAUUAUAUUUUUAAAUCAUUAAUUUAUUUCAUAAAACAUAAAUUAAAUUAUGUUGUUACUUUUAUAAUGUAAUACAAUAAACAUCUCAAAAAUUAUACUUACUCCAUAAUAAACCUAGUUACAAUAUUUUAAAAAUCAUAUAUCUACAUUCAAUCGAAAAUUUUGUUUUAGUUGAUGACCUCCCGAAAGGUACGGAUUCCCUUGCACUAACAUGAAACUUGAUCAUCGUGUUCGUGUCGUCCUGGUUUAUUCUAGACGAUUCCACACAGCGAUUGAAAGACAUAUUAAAUAGUUAAAAUUAUUUAAAGUGCUUGUUAAUGUACUAUGUUUAUUUUAAAUGAAGUACUUUAUUUAUUAAAUUUUAUACUAAUAUAUUUUAAUUAAAUACGCGUCAUAUCUAAUUACAGGUAUAAAAAAUUGUGAAAUUUUGAGAAUAAAAAUACUAAAGAUAUGCGCAAGGGAAAUCACAAUUUAACAAAUUAAUUUAAAUUCUACACUUUAUUUUAUUUUCGGAAUAAUUUAUUAUUUAAAUUAUUAUAUAACUUUUUUAUAAAUUCUUUAAAUUUGGGUGUCAGAGGCAUGUUUAUCACUAUAUUAUAUUUAAUUAUUCCAUUUAGGUUUAUUUGUAAUAAAAUUAAAAUAUAAAUUAUGGCUAGUGAUUUAUUAAAAAUUGAACAUGUUCAGUUGAAAUAGUAAAUACUAAUAUUAGUAUAAUAGUAUUUUACUAAUUUUUGGGUUACACGGAAAAAUGAAUACAAUUUUGAGAUAAUUUGUUUUAUUUAUAUUUGAUUGAAUAAUGUGUCAUUUUUUUCAAUUCUAUGCAGGGUUUGAUUUUUGUAGUAGACAGUAAUGAUAAAGAACGUAUUUUUGAAGCUAAAGAAGAAUUAAUGAGAAUGCUUGGUGAAGAUGAACUUAGAGACGCUGUAUUAUUGAUAUUUGCCAACAAACAAGUAAAUAGUUUUUAUAUUAUAAUAACAUCAAUUAUUAGGUGUCUAUAAAAUUACUAUUAUUUACAAUCUUUUUAGGAUUUGCCUAAUGCCAUGAAUGCAUCUGAAAUCACCGAUAAACUAAGCUUGCAUACGCUGCGCAAUCGUAACUGGUAUAUACAAGCAACGUGCGCAACUAGUGGUGAUGGUCUAUAUGAAGGUCUUGACUGGCUGUCAAAUCAAUUGAAAAAUGCCAACCGUUAA